AUGCGUAUCGACUCGUCGCGAUACCGCUACCUCGACCAGCAACAGAAACCCAAGCACGUGUCCGCCGGCCAGACCACGCAGCCCCUGUCGUCGCCCAUCCCUGCCGACAAGCCGCCUUGCUCCCUACCAAGCAAAGAACAGCCAUACGUCACGAUGGACGAGAAGCGCGGCUUCUUCUCCGGGACCCGAUCCUCUCGCCGCGCCCGUCCCCUCAUCAUCAUCAUUCUUCUCGGCAUCCUCGGCUACAACCUGUGGCAGUAUUUCGGCAUCACGUCGAGGAUACGCAUCGACAAUGACAAGGCCGCCGCCGCAAAGGCCGCCGCCGCACCCGGCAAGGCCGCCGACGCGAACAACGGCGCCGGCCUCGCCAGCAAGGUCAACAGGCUGGUGCCCUUGGAAGCGCACAUCAUGAGCAAGUGCCCGGAUGCACGGGACUGCCUGCGAGACAUGGUCUUGCCGGUGAUGAUGCGCGCACAUGACAAGGUGGACUGGAAACUGUCUUUUGUCGGAACGUACGUCUAG